GGGCGGCAAAGGAACGAUUGGGCGCUGUCGCCCAGGAGCCUCUCCGAUCCGCCUCGUUUCACUCUCUUCUCCAGGGGCUGUCGGUCCUCCCGGCGCGGCCAGUGGCGAGAGGCCGCAGGCUCAGUGGGUCCCAGUCAGGAGCCAGGUCGGGAAGUGUGUUUGUCCCGACUCCGCGCGGUGUUUUCUGGAGUGCUUUCAUCCGCUGUGCUCCCCUCUUCAAAAGCUUGGAAAGCAACCUUUGUGAAUUUUUUUCUUUCUGAAAGUAAAAGGAUUUCUGCCGUUCCAGUCAGGUUGGCUCUGGCCCCGCAUUUCCGCGCCUCAGGAACCUGGCGAUUCCAGCGUGUUCCUGGACCUGUUCAAACUCAGUCUGUCUCUUGACUGGAGGAGGAAAAGGAAAAGUCGAGCACAUUGCCAACUGGAAUUCCCCAAGAAUGGCAAGUUAAAACCAAAGUGUCAGCACCUCAGCAGCAUUUUUUUUUUGGCUUAACAAAACAUCAAACGGCAUACAAAUGGCAGAAAUCCACAAUGGAGGGGAACUCUGUGACUUUAUGGAAAACGGAGAAAUCUUCAGUGAACACUCAUGCCUUAAUGCACACAUGGGAACUGAAAAUACAGGGGACACUUAUGACUGUGAUGAGUAUGGAGAAACCUUUCCCAUGUUACACAACAGUGCCCCUACUGGAGAGACACUUUCUGUGUUGAAUCAGUGCAGAAAAGCCUUCAGCCUGCCACCAAAUGUUCACCAGAGAACGUGGAUAGGAGACAAAUCCUUUGAAUACAGUGACUGUGAGGAAGCCUUUGUUGAUCAGUCACAUCUUCAGGCAAAUAGGAUAACUCACAAUGGAGAAACACUCUAUGAACAGAAGCAAUGUGGGAGAGCUUAUACUUACUCCACAAGCCAUGCUGUGUCUGUUAAAAUGCAUACUGUAGAAAAACCCUACGAAUGUAAGGAAUGUGGAAAAUUCUUCAGAUAUUCUUCAUAUCUUAAUAGUCACAUGCGAACACAUACUGGGGAGAAACCCUAUGAAUGUAAGGAAUGUGGGAAAUGCUUCACUGUUUCUUCACACCUAGUUGAACAUGUAAGAAUUCAUACUGGAGAGAAACCUUAUCAAUGUAAGGAAUGUGGAAGAGCCUUCGCUGGGCGUUCAGGCCUUACUAAACACGUACGAAUACACACUGGAGAGAAGCCCUAUGAAUGUAACGAAUGUGGGAAAGCCUACAAUAGGUUUUAUCUACUAACUGAACAUUUUAAAACUCACACAGAGGAGAAGCCCUUUGAAUGUAAGGUAUGUGGAAAAUCUUUCAGAAGCUCUUCAUGCCUUAAGAAUCACUUUAGAAUUCACACUGGAAUAAAACCCUAUAAAUGUAAGGAGUGUGGGAAAGCAUUCACUGUUUCCUCAAGCUUACAUAAUCAUGUAAAAAUCCAUACUGGAGAGAAGCCCUAUGAAUGUAAGGACUGUGGGAAAGCCUUUGCUACAUCUUCACAACUCAUUGAACAUAUAAGAACUCACACUGGAGAGAAACCGUAUAUAUGUAAGGAAUGUGGGAAAACCUUCCGUGCUUCUUCACACCUACAGAAACAUGUUAGAAUUCACACUGGAGAGAAACCCUAUAUAUGUAACGAAUGUGGGAAAGCCUACAAUAGAUUUUAUUUACUUACUAAACAUUUAAAAACACACUGAAGAAAAACUCUGAAUGUAAGGAAUGUGGAAAUCUUUUAGGAAUUUCUCAUACCAUAAUUACCACAUUUGAAUUCACACUGAAGAGAAAUUUUAUUGGUACAAAGAAUGUGAGGAGGCCUUCAGUUAUCCCCAUUCACUUUGAAGACAUGAAAGAACUCAUACUCUAUGUGUCCCCCAUAAAUUUUAGAAAUAUUAGGGAGCCAUUGGAAUCUUUUUUUAUUAUUUUAUUUUAUUUUAUUUUUUUGAGACAGAGUUUCGCUCUUGUCAUCACCCAGGCUGAAGUGCAAUGGCAUGAUCCCAGCUCACUGCAACCUUUGCCUCCUGGGUUCAGGCGAUUCUGCCUCAGCCUUUGAGUAGCUUGGAUUACAGGUGCCCUCCACCAUGCCCAGCUAAUAUUUGUAUUUUUAGUAGAGAUGGGGUUUCAUCAUGUUGGCCAGGCUGGUCUCGAGCUCCUGACCUCAGGUGAUCCACCCGCCUUGGCCUCCCAAAGUGCUGGGAUUACAGGAGUGAGCCCCUGCUCCUGGCCUUUUUUUUUUUUUUUUUUUAAGUUGUUGUUAAUACACAUUCUUCUCUUCUCAAGACAUUGGAUUGUGGUCACAAUCCAACAUUUGAGAACUCACCCUGGGGCCAUACAAUGUAGAAAACACAGAAAGCCCUCAUUAUUUCCUUAGGCCUUUCUAAGUAUGUAAGAUGUUGCAAUGGAGAGAAACCCUAUUGAUACAAGAUACAGGCAUCCCCUGUAGAUACUGCAAGUUUUGUUCCAGACUACCACUAUAAAGCGAAUAUCACAAUAACAUGAAUCAUACAAAUGUUUUGGUUUCCCAGUGCAUAUAAGUUAGGUUUUACAUCAUAUAGUAGUCUCUUGUGUGCAGUUGUGUUCUGUCUAAGUGAAGUACCUUAGUUUAAAAUACUUUAUUGCCAAAAAGUGCUAAUGAUCAUGUGAGACUUUGGCGAGUUGUAAUCUUUUUGCUUGUGGUAGGUCUUGCCUCAAUGUUGAUGGCUGUUGAUCAGGGUGGCUGUGGCAGUUUCUUAAAAUAAGACAGCAGUGAAGAUUGCUGCAUUGAUUGACUCUUCAUUACAUGAACAACUUCUCUUUAGCAUGCGAUGCUGUUUGAUAACAUUUUACGCAUAGUGGAACUUCUUUUAGAAUUGGACUUAAUCCUCUCAAACUUCGCCACUGCUUGAUCAACUAAGUUGAUGUAAUAUUCUAAGUCUGUUUUCAUUUCAACAAUGUUCACAGCAUCUUUAGGAGUAGAUUUCAUUUCAGGAAAUCACUUUCUUUGCUCAUCUAUACAAAGCAGCCUCUCAUCUGUUCAAGUUUUUUCAUGAGAUUGAAACAAUUCUGUCACAUCUUCAGGCUCCACUUCUAAUUCUAGUUCUCUUUUUUCCAUCACAUCCACAGUUAACUUUUUCCACUGAAGACUUGAACCCCUCAGAGUCACCUAUGAAGGUUGGAAUCAACUUCUUCCAAACUCUGGUUAAUGUUGGUUUUUAUUUUUUUAAUUAAAAAAUUUUUUUAGAGACAAGGUUUCGCUGUGUUGUUCAUGCUGGAGUACAAGUGGGUAUUCACCAGCAUGAUGAGAGCACACUCUAGCCUUGAACUCCUGGCCUCAAGUGAUCCUCCUGCCUAUGCCUCCUGAGUAGCCAAGACUCCAGGAACACACUACCACACCUGCCUUAAUGUUGAUAUUUUGACCUUCCAUGAAUCAUAAAUGUUGUUAGUGGCAUCUAGAAUGGAGAAUCCUUUCUGCAAGGUCUGCAACUUAAUUUAUCCAGAUCCAUCAGAAGAAGCAUUAUUAGUGGCAGCUAUAGCCUUAUGAAAUGUAUUUCUUAAAUAAUAAGACUUGAAAGUCAGAAUUAUUUCUUAAUCCAUGGGCUGCGGUUAGCAGGCAUGAAAACGCCAAUCUUGUUUAUACCUCCAUAAGAGCUCUUGGUUACUAUGUGCAUUAUCAGCGGUAAUAUUUUGAAAGGAAUCUCUGAACAGUAUAUGUUUUACAGUGGGCUUAAAAUAUUCAGUAAACCAUGCUGUAAAUAGAUGUAAAUAGAUACCACAGGGAAAGUAGAUGUAGCAUAAUUCUUAACUGGCCCUUGGAUUUUUGGAAGGGUAAUUGAAUAUUAGCAUUCAUUUAAAGUCACCAACUGCAUUGGCCUCUAACAGGAAAGCCAGCCCAGGCUGGGAAAAGUGGCUUACACCUGUAAUUCCAGUGCUUUGGGAGGCUGAGGUUGGAGGAUCACUUGAGGUCAAGAGUUCAAGACCAGCCAGCACAACAGAGUGUGACCCUGUCUCGACAAAGUAAAGAGUCAGCCUGUCCUUUGAAGCUUUGAAGUCAGAUAUUAGCUUACCUAGAGCUAUGAAAGUCCUAGAUGGCAUCUCCUGAAGUAAGGCUGUUUUGUCUCUGUUAAAACUCUAGUAGAGCUACCUCUGCCAGUUAUCUAGAUAUUCUGGAAAUGCUUGCUGCAACUUCCACAUCAGCAAUUGCUACUUCACUUUGUACUUUUAUGUUAUGGGAAUGACUUGUUAAACCUCACAAACUGAUCUUUGCCAGUUUCCAGCAUUUCUUCUGCAGCUAACUCACCUCUCAGCCUUCAUAGAAUUAGAGUUAAGGCCUUGCUCUGGAUUAGGUUUUGGCUUAAGGGUAUGUUGUGGCUGGUCUGAUCUUCUAUCCAGACCACCAAAACUUAUUCCGUGUUAGUGGUGAGGCUGUUUUCCUUUCUUAUUAUUUGUGUGUUCACUGGAGUAGCACUUUUAGUUUCCUUCAAGAACUUUGCAUUCACAACUUGGCUAACUGGUGCAAGAGGCCUAGAUUUUGACCUAUCCCAGUUUUUUUUUUUUUUUUUUUUUUUUUUAAGAGACAUGGUUUCCCUUUUGCCCAGGCUGGAGUGUAGUACAAUUAUAGCCCAUUGCAGCCUCAAACUUAUGGGUUCCAGUGAUCUUCCUGUCUCCUGAGUAGCUAAGACUGCAGGUGUGCACCACCAUGGCCAGCUAAUUUUUUUUUUUUAUUUUUUUAAAGAGGCAGGACUUUACUGUUUACCAGGCUGAUCUUGAACUUAAAACCUCAAGUGAUGCUCCCCUAUCUGCCUGCCAAUACGCUGGGAUUACAGGUAUGAGCCACUGCACCUGGCCCUUGGCUUUUGACAUGACUUUCUCACUAAGGUUAAUCACUUCCAGCUUUUGGUCUAAAGUGAGAAAUGUGCAACUCCUUCUUUCACUUGAAGAGUUACAGGCCAUUGUGGGGUAAUGAAUUGGCCUAAUUUCAAUAUUGUUGUACCUCCGGGAAUUAGGAGGCCUGGGAAGAGGAGGAGAGAGGGGAGAGUGGCCAGUUGGUGGAGCAGUGAGAACAUAGCAUUUAUUAAGUUUGCUGUCUUCCAAGGUUGUGGUUUGUGGUACCCCAAAGCAAUUACAACAGGAACAUCAAAGAUCAUAGAGCAGCCGGGCACGGUGGCUCACACCUGUAAUCCCAGCACUUUGAGAGGCUGAGGCAAGUGAAUCACGAGGUCAGGAGUUCAGGACCAGCCUGGCCAACAUGGUGAAACCCCGUCUCUACUAAAAAUACAAAAAAUUAGCUGGGCGUGGUGGCAGGCACUUAUAGUCCUAGCUAUUCCGGAGGCUGAGGCAGGAGAAUCACUUGAAUCCAGGAGGCAGAGGUUAGAGUGAGCUAAGAUUGCACCACUGCAUUCCAGCCCAGGCGACAGAGUGAGAUUCCGUCUCAAAAAAAAAAAAAAAAAAUCACAGAGUAUCACAAUAAGUAUAAUAAUAAGGAAAAUGUUUGAAAUAUUGUCAGAAUUGCCAGGAUGUGAGAGACAAAGUAAGCACAUGCUGUUGCAGAAAAUGGUGUUACAGAUUUAUUAGACAUGACAUUGCCACAGGACUUCUACUUGUGAAAAAUAUCUGUAAAGUGUGAUGAAGCAAAGUGAAGUAACAUGAGGUAUGUCUGUAGCUAUUGCUGUAGUGGUUUCAAAAUGGUGGUUUUCUUUUCCUUUUCUUUUUCUUCUUCUUUUUGUUGGUCUGCAAUGGGGUCUUGCUCUGUUGCCUAGGGUGUGGAGUGCAGUGGCACGAUCAUGGCUCACUAUAGCCUUGACCUCGUGGGCUCAAGCGAUCCUCCCACCUCAGUCUCCUGAGUACCUGGGACCACAGGCACAUGCUAACGCACCCAGUUAAUUUUUUUAUUCGUAGAGCCAAGGUCUCACUAUGUUGCCUAGACUGGUCUCAAGGUCUUGGGCUCAAGCAGUCCUCCCGCCUCAGCCUCCCAAAGUGCCAGGAUUAUAGGUGUGAGCCACCACACCCAGUCCAAAAAGUGAUUUUCUAAUUCCAUAGUUUCUUCUACAUUUCUUAACUGGAAUUUUGUAAGGAAGAGUUAUCCUUAUUCAUUUAUUUACCUAUUUACUUGUAGGAGCAUGUAUCAUAAAUUCUUACUCUAUGGGGUGUAGUUAGCUACUGUAAAUUUGAUGCACAUAUUUUUCCAGAUUCAAUAAGUAGGAUCCCCAUCAAGCUAUCUUCUGAAUCUUUAAAAAUGUAUUCUCCUAAUAUCAUGGGUAUAUAAUUAUUUUCUGGGCAACAGUUUGUUCAUGGUACAUUUGUCUCCAGCCCUAGAAUCAGAAAAAUCUAGUUUCUUUUAAUGGAGAAUACCAUUUAGAAGCUGCAAUCUCUGUGUAGGGAGGUGUUCCUAGGUAAUAGUGCCCUGGCUUUUAGGUCCUCUCUAUGGAGGAUAUGGCAAAGACAUACAUAAUUAUAUGUACGUAUCCACACACAUUAAUAACUAUAUUUCUAUAUUAAAAACAUGACUACAAGCCAACACUUUUAAUUCCACUGCAACACUACUGCGUUAUUUCUUGCCUUCCAAGUUCCCUUGUCUGUAGCUAUCUUUCACCACUUGCAAAAAAUAGCACGUGCUCAAUCCUAGAUUAAAAUAUAAGCUACUUUCAGAAUUGAUAACUCAUACCACUCUUUAAAAAUCUACUAACCAGAAUUCAGUUUUUAUUCACAGUUCUUAUCUUUAGCUCAGGGCAUAAUAUAAAAGCACUAGGUUUAAAACUUACUUGGUCAGCAGCAAUCCACUUCUAGGUACAUGUCCAAAGGAACCGAAGAAAGCAUCUCAAUGUGUGAAUGCCUGCCUGUGUUCAUUGCAGCAUUAUUCAGAAGAGCCAAGAGGUGGAAGCAAAGUAAAUGUCCAUUGACAGAUGAAUUGGUAAACAAAAUGCAUUAUAUACAUAAAAUGCAAUAUCAUUUAGCCUUAAAAACAAAAUUCUGCCAUAUGCUACAACAUGGAUGCACCUUGAGGACAUUAUGCUAAGUGAAAUAAACCAGUUGCAAAAGGACAGAUACCACCCAAUUCCACUUAUAUGGGGUAUCUAACGUCAAACUCAGAAGAACAAAGUACUGCGAUAUUUGCCACAAGCUGGUGGAGGAGAAAAUGAGUUGUUCAUUGGGUAUUGAGUGUCAGCCAUGCAAGAUGGAAAAGCUUUUUGAGAUUUGUUGUAUAAAAAUAUGCCUAUAGUUAACAAUACUGUUCGGUACACACAAAGUAUGUGAAAGGGUAAAUUUUAUGUGUUUUUAUCACAAUAAAAAUUGUAAUAAAAGAA